UGCUUCUGGACGUGGAGGUCAAGGAUAUAGAAGUGGAAGAAGAGAGCUGCCUUUACUUGGAUUAUCACCAAACCAAUACAAACUCCAGUGAAAAAUGUUUUAAAGGUAAAUUGCAAAGGAAAACAUCAGACAGACAAUCAAAUGUGAAGUGAUGGACGACCAUAUCGUUGCAAGACUAGAGGGGGGAGAAUUAAAAGGAAUUACCACAAUCGACUUGAAUGAGGGACCAGUUCCAGAGGAGACCCGAAGCACACCGAGAUCCAAAGAGGGACAGGCUGUGACGAAAGUGGACACCUUGAACAGGAAAACAAUAGAAACUAACAGGAUGGCUCUGGGGCGCAGAUGGGUGGACGACAAUCUACGGGACCAACCAGGAAAGCAGACCUUCCUUUGGGAGAUCGCUGCAGCAUAUGCACAGGACCACCCACAGGAACCUCUGACUAACACUAAUCUUGCUGUGCUGAUCAGAAAUAAAUUCCCUUCAAGAAGAAAGAAAAUGAACAAUGGGCCUAGAACCAUUUAUUACUACCAAGACCUGGAACUAACCAAUCCAUCACAGUUGGUUGACAAUUCUUCUGUCCUCAGAGAAUCCACUCAAGAAGGUCAAAACUUAACCCCUAAGGUACCAGCCAUCCUGAUGUCUAGGGAUGAUGGCGCACCAGUCGCCGUGUUGAAUCCACCAGCCGAGAGUGUGUUUACCAUGAAUGGCAAGCCUUACGUUUCUUUAAAAAUAGUGCUCCCAUCUUCGAGUAAAUCAAGUGCUGGAGAUCCCUUGAAUUCAAAAGGACAAAAGACUCCAAGCUGUAAGACUAAAAAUGAAACAUCUGGAGGAGGGAUAAUCAUCUAUCCUCAGAAUGCACAAGUGUUUGAAUCAUGCUGCGGUUCUCUAGACAAAAGCAAUGAUGACGUGCUUAUACGAGAUCAGAGUCUCACUGAGGAUGGUGGGGUGUUCAAUAAAGACAUAGCACGAGCAGAACAUCUAGGGAGAGAUCAAAGCCUAAAUGAUGGGGAUGAUGGGAUGUUCAGUAAAGGCAUAGCCUCUCCAGAACGUUCGGUGAGAGAUCAAAGCCUCACUGGAGAUGAUGGGAUGUUCAGUGAUGGCAUAGUGCCACCAAAACAUCCAAUAAAAGAUGCAAGCCCAUCAGCCCUUCCUCAGAAUUUAGUGGAUACAAUCAAAGCAGAACCGAUGGAUACGGAAACUGAUCUAUUAGUCUCUGCUGAGCCCAGUGACGUAAACACGAAUCCAACUCUAACAGAGAUGGAUAUGGCCGUCUCAGACUAUCUACUCAGUGAAAUGGUUAGUGAGGAGAUUUGCAGUUAUGACCACGAUGAAGGAUGCACAAAAAGUCGAACGUCAGAGGAUCAAGAUUCCCAGGAAACAGACAGUAAAAGAAAAGAAGGGAAUGUAAAUUCUGUAACAAAACAGGUGGCUGAAUUUACUUCUGAAUCUCACGAACACGUUGAAAAAUCAGAUAUCAGAAAAAAGUCUUCUGAUAGCAUCCAUAAAGAAAUAAAUGAGCCUGUAGUUAAAUUCCAGAAUUUGUUUUCACUGAAACGGAAAUCGUUUCGGAGUUCUAAAUCAAGGAAAUCUUGGAAAAGAGAUCGGUUGUUUCAAACCUUUGAUGCGAACUGUAAACGCCUGAGAGCAAAUGAUCAUCAGGCAAAUAAACGGCCAAACUUGGAUGAAUACAAGAGUCUGAGUGGAAACGCUAUUCAAUCAUCAACUAUUAGAGAAAUGGUUGUAUUAGAACACCGCAAGAAAAAAGCAAAACGAUGGAAAGCAGUUGCACAUGAUGCAGCAGAGCAGAAUAACUUACGGAUACAUGAAGUCCUACAAAUCGCUUUUUACUUCUUCUCAGCUGGAUCCAGACUAUCAGACGACGAGCGCGCUAGAAGGCUCGAAGCCACAAUUUACAGAAACAAUCCAGCAGUAAGUUAUAGAGAACCAUCUUCACCUUCUUCUGAAACCAAUCAUUAUGCAUGCCAAACAUCUUCCCAUUUGAUAGAGUCAACCAAAUCUCUAACCUACAGUAAAGUUACAUCUUUACUUAGACACCAUCAGACGUGCCAGGGAUUAGGAUGCUCUUACAGAUCUAAUCUGUGCCUGACUCUACGAGCAAUGUACUCGCACGUUACCAUUUUUAACCACCGGUGCCAAGUGUGGAAGCAUUUCACAGACCUAGUGGGACUCCAUGCCAAGUCUUGUCACCAGUGGGACUGCCAACUCGCGUUUUGUCUCUACGUGAAACACGACUCCCAUCUAAGUGAAGCAAGUGUGACCUCGGACCAUGAGGAGGGAGACCACUUGAGGAAAGAGUUCGAUCGAUGCGAGAGUCACGGGCCGCAUGGAGCAAGGCUGCACUGUGGUCAUUUGCCUCGAAUACAAAUCCCACUCAGCGAAAAGGUCGAGCGUGUUAGUGGGACGGCGACCGAGCACCACCUUCGAGAGGGGGUCGAGGCUCGGACGCUGAGACUUCUUGGGAGCUUUGCACUACCGGGAUCAAGUCCCUCCUUUGUUACACCUAUUAUAAAUACUCUUAGUGUUAAAGACUUGUACUAGUGAAGCUAAUUAAUACAGUACAAUACCGUACCAAAUGUUUAGAUAUCAUAUAAAAUAAAACCGUAAGAAAUGA